AUGCUGGAAAAAGACAUGGUGAAAGACCCAUUCUUCGCAACAGAUAGAGAUCUAUGUGAUUUCUACAAACUAAAAACACUCAAUCCUCAGGAUUCCUGGGCUGCCGAUUCCAGCGUUAUAUAUUCAUUGGGACAGCCACAGGAUUCAGGAUCCGUGGAUUCGUCGUACGCUGUUCUGAAUGACCUUUUGCGCCAAGAACACAUGCAUAGCGUUGGAAGGAAAAGUACAAUAGUCACGACUGGCCUUCCGGAUCCAUUAAAUCCAAGAGUGGGUCUCAACGAACUUUUAGACACCUUCCAAAUUCCCGCUACAGAACGCUACAAGUACUACAUCAACUCAAAAAAGUUCAAUUCCAAGCUCUACCUCAAAAAUUUGCAUGCCCACGAAAGCUUUGCGGAAUUAAGCACAUCUUUGGAUGAUCUCGACAGAUCCUUGCAAGCCCAGAGCAAUGAUUUGAAAGCUUUAGUACAAGACAAUUUCUCAAAAUACGUGAGGUCCAAAAACAACCUUGACCGCAUUUAUGAACAGUUUGAUCGCUACUCUCAAGAAGAGAACAAGCAACUUGGGACGGAUAAUCUUGGAGCCUCGGUUGACGAUGCUAUUCAGGAAGCAACACUUAGGGCGAAACCUAUUCUUGACACGAAGACCAAACUGCAAAACGUUCAAGCUACAAUGGAAUUCAUUGAGGAAAAUCGAGCGUUUUUCGAUAUACCGAAGAAGCUCAAGGUUGCCAUGAGGAACCUAGAUUUCGCCCAGCUCAUGGUUCAUUACAAAGAAGCUCGUCACCUUUACACCGAGCUCACUGUUAAAGGAUACUCUUUUCCUAUCUUAAUUCAAAUAUGGUCUCAGAUCGAAUCUAUGAUAAGCAGUUACCGUGCGGUAGUUUGGGAGUCUCUUGUCAAACUAAAGCCAGGAGAGACACAGGAACAAUUGCUACCUCUCAUGUCCGAUUUACUUGACUUGAGCUCUGAAGAAAGCCCAAUCGUUGAAUGGUUCGAUGCAAAACUGUCCACGUUCGAGUCUAAUUUGAAGGAAAUAGUAUCAAAGAUGUUCACCAGAAUUAUUGACUUGCAGCGUGAAGUGACUCAACACACGUCUGACGAAGGUGAUGGCCUCAAUUACUACCUCUCUAUUGAGCAGUAUGUCCAUCCUAGUAUGGAAGGAUCGGAUUUUAAAGUUAUCCAUGAAAGCGACUUGGCCCAUUCAAGUUCUGGUCUAUGUGAUUCUGUUGUCAUCAUCGAAAUGUGGCUCUUGAUUCAGAAAUAUAUGAAAUUAUUGUCAUCAGAAUCAACCCAAUUUGUUGCAUUUUGGGAACAUGUCGCUAAGUUUUUAGAUGGUACCUACAAGACAUCCUUGCUUAAUGAUAAGCGAAAGGCAGACAUUUUAGGCACUCACUUCGAGAGCCAUGCUAGUUACAAAAAGUUCCUCGAAUUUGACGAUAAACAAAUUCGCUCCUUGAAGGCUCGAGGUGAACAAUUUAUUACAGUGCUGUGUGACGCUUUCAAAUCCUUUUUCUGUGCAUCUCAAGCUUCUUUGAAUGGUCAGAAUGAAGCUGAAAAAGAGACGGGAUCUCCUAAAGAUUACGGAUUUUUACCUCCCAACGCCAAUUGCUUGAGUUGCCUAAGGUAUUUGCCCCGCAUUAUCGAACCAAUUUUAAAGGUCAGUACCGAGUUAGCGCAAUUGAACAUCUCACCAAACUGUAUUGAGCUCUUACGGCACACAGAUUCUCUCAUCUUAGAUCGUUCAGUAGCUGCGAUAUCAGCUACGAAAUUGAAAGACCUGGCAGCAUUCCACACCCUUGAAGAUUGGUCCACGUAUAAGACAUCUGGGAAGGACAAGUACGGAAUAACCCGUUUCCCAGAAAUAGUUUGCACGUUUCAAAAGCUAAGCAUAAUGACUGUUAGAAAUAUGUUGUUUUCCUACGAGAAGCUUCCUGUGCUUAAUGGGAUCUACGUUGUGACACAUCCCUCGCGCCAAUUGAUCGCUGGAAUUGAAGUCCAGCAAAUAGUAUCGAUGGAGGCCGUAUUAGAAUCUGUGCUCAAGGAUGCCGCCAAGGAAAAAGAAAACCCCAGGACCGCGAAGACAAUUUUAACUUUAACAAAUCUACAAUAUGUUCGAGAGCGAAUCUUUCCUGAGGUACUCCAGUUUUUUGACGAAUGUUUCGAAACGCAGUUGGGUAAAAAGAAUCUAGAGUUGUUCAGCUUACUGGCCAAGAUGGAGGCCUCUAUUUUCGGCAAUUACCUCUCGGACCUUAAAGUCAAUCUUAGAGACAUUUUGGAGGAAAGAUUUUAUGAAAUAAACUGGACUAAUUACAGCUCAAACUCAUUUCGUGUCGGAGACUACAUGAUCGAGGUACUGAUGGUUUUGGUGAGCGUUCACAACGAUUGUUUCAGGAUAGGUCCACAACUCAUUAGUCGGAUUUUCAAAGAGUCUCAAAUUUUCAUUUCAAAGUAUUUAUUUGAAGCCUUCAAACGCUAUAUGGGCAACCUCUCUUCGGAUGCCUUGCUGCAGAUAGUUGUCGAUGUUCAGUUUUUCCUUAGGGUUAUGGGGGACUCAUUGGAAAAGGACACACAAGCCACACUAAUGGCCUGCCUACAAAAUUGUUUUGAGAAAGAUACAAAUCGCAUGCAAAGAUGCAUCGAAGAGACCGAGCCGAUCGUGUCUGCUAAUCUCGAAAAGACCCUUAUACAGUUUGCAUCCUUCAAAUAG